AUGGAGAACCAGACAGACAUCCUGCUCCUGGAGGGGUUAAAGGUCAGUCCUCAGUCCUCCAUCCCUGCCUUCAUCCUCCUCCUCCUCAUCUACAUCUUCAUCAUGGUGUCCAACAUCGGCCUGGUGGUCCUGAUCACCAUGGAGAGGAGCCUCCACCAGCCCAUGUACCUGCUCUUCUGUAACAUGAGUAUUAAUGAUGCGUUCGGGGCCACGUCCAUCAUCCCCCGCCUGCUGGGUGAUGUUUUUAUUCUGAGCGCUGAGCGCUACAUCAGCUACAUGGACUGUGUGGUUCAGGCCUUCUGCGCUCACUUUCACGCCAGCGCCACUCACACGGUGCUCAUGAUCAUGGCCUUCGACCGGUAUGUGGCCAUCUGUGACCCCCUGCGUUACGCCACCAUCAUGACCAACAGGAUGGUGAUGAACCUCUCAGUUGCAGCCUGGACGGUUGCUUUAGUCAUGGUGGUGAUCCUGCUGGGCCUCAGCGUCCGUCUGUCGCGCUGCAGGUCAAUUAUAUUCAACCCGUUCUGUGAUAACGCCUCCCUGUUCAAACUGUCCUGUGAGAGCGUCCUCAUCAACAACAUCUAUGGCCUCACCUACACCGUGGUCCUGCUGGGCUCCUCCAUCUGCAGCAUCACCCUCACCUACCUGAGGAUCGCCAUGACGUGUCUGAGCAGUAAAAACAAGGUGCUGAACAGCCGGGCGCUGCAGACCUGUGCCACUCACCUGGCCGUGUACCUCAUCCUGCUGGUGUCGGGCUCCAUCAUCAUCAUCCUCCAUCGUUUCCCUCACUUGUCAGAUGAGAGGAAACUGGCAUCCAUCAUGUUCCACGUGGUUCCUCCUGCAAUGAACGCUGUUAUCUAUGGACUGCAGAUCAAAGCAAUCAGACAGAAGAUUUUCAUCAUGUUCACCAGGAAUACUCUGACUGAAGAGGAUCAACAGAGCAUGGAGAACCAGACUGUCAACAUGGACAUCCUGCUCCUGGAGGGGUUAAAGGUCAGUCCUCAAUCCUCCAUCCUCCUCCUCAUCUACGUCUUCAUCAUGGUGUCCAACAUCGGCCUGGUGGUCCUGAUCACCAUGGAGAGGAGCCUCCACCAGCCCAUGUACCUGCUCUUCUGUAACAUGAGUAUUAAUGAUGCGUUCGGGGCCACGUCCAUCAUCCCCCGCCUGCUGGGUGAUGUUUUUACUCCGCUGACUCAGAGGUACAUUCAUUAUUAUGAGUGUAUCAUUCAGGCCUUCUGCGCUCACUUCCAUGCAGGAACCUCUCACACGGUGCUCAUGAUCAUGGCCUUUGACCGGUACGUGGCCAUCUGUGACCCCCUGAGAUACGCCACCAUCAUGACCAACAGGAUGGUGGUGAACCUCUCGGUUGCAGCCUGGACGGUUGCCUUCUGUUUGAUUGUGGUCCUGCUGAGCCUCAAUGUUCGCCUGUCGCGCUGCAGACGCAUCAUAAACAACCCGUUCUGUGACAACGCCUCUUUGUUCAAGCUCUCCUGCGAAAACAUCCUCAUCAACCACAUCUACGGCCUCGGCACAGCCAUGGCCGUGAUGGCCUGCUCCCUCUGCAGCGUGACGCUCACCUACCUGAGGAUCGUCAUGGUCUGUCUGAGCAGCAGGAACAAGGCUCUGAACAGCAAAGCUCUGCAGACCUGCGCCACUCACCUGGCCGUGUACCUCAUCCUGCUGCUGUCAGGUAACAUCAUCAUCAUCCUCCAUCGCUUCCCUCAGCUGUCAGACCACAGGAAGCUGGCAUCCAUCCUGUUCCACGUGGUCCCCCCUUCUUUCAACGCUGUUAUCUAUGGACUGCAGAUCAAAGCAGUCAGAGACAAAAUCAUCAUCAUAUUUACAAAGGAAAAAUGACACAACUGCAGCUCCACGUUCAUUAGACUCUGAUCAGAGGUGAAGGAAUUUU